CUCUGAAUCUGGUAUCUUAGUUAAUUUCCUGAUUAUUUUGAUGCGAUAUAUUCAUGUAAUUUGCUGAUAGCUAAUUUUUAUCUUUGAUAGUUAAUUAUUAUCUCCCACUUCGUCGCCAGGAUCUGCAUAAAUUCUCGAUGAUUCAGCGCGGUCGCGCAUUUAGUAAUCCUAGAUGGACGAAUAAACAUUUUUCGAUUAAAUCCGUCUCAAUUGUGUUAAAUACGAGAAAUGGCAAAAAAAAGCUUAGCUCUCAUCUGUGCCUCUAUAAUUCUCACGCAGUUCGUUAUCGUGAGUUGUAACGAAGAAGAUAUAGAUUGGACUACUGUUCACGAUGAGUUAAGGAAAAUGGCUGGAGGUUUACGAAAAAAAUGUCUCGCUGAAACCGGUGUGACAAGCGAGAUGCUAGAUGGGGCAGAAUUAGGCGAAUUUUCGGAUAAAGACAAAACAUUGGGGUGUUACUUCAAAUGUGUAAUGGAAAAAGGGGGAGCGAUGAAGAAGGACGGCAAAAUAAACUACAAGAUCUUAUCCAAGUUGAUGCCGGCGGCGUACAAACAUAUUGGAAUAGAAAUGCUCGACCAAUGUCGUAAUAUAGAGGGUACUGACAAGUGCGUCAUAGCCAUAAACUUUAACAAAUGCAUGUACACCGCAAAUCCUGUGGCAUACUUCGUUAUCUAAAUAUAGAAUAGGUAAGAUGUGUAAAUUUGAGCUCG